AUGUCUGCUCACGAAGACACACAGGGAAUUCACCCACCAGCACCUGUCUAUCUGUCAAAUCAGCCCUCAGAACGAGCAACGUACUACUUUGCUGGGAGCUCCAGUACCCCAGCGGGCUAUUAUGUCAAUGGGCUCUACUAUGGACUAUCGCCUCUUCCUACAGCGACCGCAUCACAACCAUUCACGAUUCCAACAUCUUCACCAUGGUCUCAAACCACACCUUCAGCUCCCGCCGCCGCCGUAGUAGCCGCCAAUGUUGCUUAUGCACAAAUACCACACGCCCCUGCCUAUUUCAUCGGAACAACUGCAGCGGAAAUUCAAGCUCAGAAUGCCAUUCCGAUCGCCUAUCUCGUUUCAGCUCAGCAAUCUCCCAGCCAAUUCGUACCUUAUAAACCAGGAUCAAGCCCACAGUUUUGGUGCAAGGAAUUGGAUGGAAGCUGGACUUUGAGAGAGUACAAUGAUACCUUGAAGAGCGAUUUUCCUGCAGGGCAUUGA